AUGGCGGGCGAAAACUCGCCCCCCGCCUCUUUGUCUUUGGGCGCAUCGUCUGCGGACGGAGCACUUUUAGAUGAGGAAGACGAGUUGCUAAUCUCCGUGAGGAAGCGGCCGAGGCGGGAAAAAUAUGCUUUAGUGAAACGAACGAAACCGCGAUGGGAAGACGAGCAAAUCCCUGACGGAGACCUGACAAUGUGGGAAAUCUGUAUGAGGAACAAACGACAGGUUACCGCCGAGGAGAAGGAGGCGAAGAGGAAGAAUAAAGAAGCGGCGAGACUAGCAGAAGAAAAAGCCGCACAAGAGCGCUUGCAAAUGAUGACGGAGCUGGGAGCUGAAGCGGGCGCCUCGGACGUCCUGGAUUUAUUCACUGGAGGUACCGUCGAAACAGUUGCACGACCGGAACCCAUUGUGACAGCCCCUGAAGAAACCGACCUGUUUGCCGUUGGCGCCAACGAUUUCGAUGUGGGUGGAGGCGACCUUUUCUCGACCGCGAAUGAUAGAAGCGAUAUAUACGAGCUAACGACAUAUGAAGCUAGCAACCGUGGUUUGACGCCUUUCAAAGGCGCUUACAAAAACACGAAGGCUACCAAAUGGAGCGGCGAAAACACCAACGAAUUCUACAAGUGGGUCUCUAUGUUCGGUAACGAUACCGUGAUGAUACAGGCACAUAUGCCGCAGUUUACUACUAAGCAGAUUUCACAGAAAAUCACCAGGGAGCUCAAAAAUAAUCCGAAGGUGUUUGCGCUGUUCGUUGCAGCCAAGAAGAAAAUAUCGCUGGAAACGUAUGAAGCAGCUCACGGUACACUGGACAGAUCUGGCGGAAUAUCGUUCGAACGGAGAAUGCUCACAGUGGGUGCUGAUGAACCGCAGUCGUUCUCCAUGGAUGACCUUUUCGGCUGA